GUAAGUUUGAUAGUUGUUUACCUGUUAUCUCGUUUACCUGUUACCUCUGGCAACCCACGAUAUCUGGCAUUCCAUAUAGCUGAGCCAGUAGUUCAAGCCUUGUUCUUGUCUCUAGUAUAUUGUGACAUAAUGCUUCCUACGCCCGUAUGCGCUUAUCUAAGUGUUCAACACCUAGUGACUCCUGCGGCUGAUGUUUGGUAA